CUUCGCUGCGCGUGUGAAAGCUCGGCUAGUUUUGUGCGGUUUUGUUUGAUUUCUAAGCCCGAAAAAAGUUCCUGAGGGAAACUUGUCGUCCUCACAAACGACUAGAAGUCAGACGUUUUCACGGCCUGUGGGUGAGAUAAAGAGGACGGAGCUGAAAGACUUGCUUCACCCGAUGAGCUCAGACUGGAGAUCUCCAGCCCUAUCUCGUAGAGGAUUAUUACACAUUAAACCAGGUGUUCCUCAAGGAUGGCCGUCCCCACAGCUGUGUACAUAGUCAUUGCUUCAGAGUUCCUUUUGGCCGUGGUGAGAUGUGACGGCAUCAACUUCUACAAUAUCAGGCCUCCAGUGGAUGCAACUCCGUACCCCAAGAGCUUCAAAUGCUUCACAUGUGAGCAGGCCUCGGACAACUACAACUGUAAUCGCUGGGCUGAAGACAAGUGGUGUCCACAGAAUACACAGUUCUGUAUAACUGUACAUCAUUUCGGUCAUCAUGGGAAAACCAAGUUUGUAACUAAAAGGUGUGCCACAUGGGAGGACUGCAAUGCAGCAGGCUGCCGACAUCACGGAAACACACACCACACAGAGUGUGUAUCGUGCUGUGAGGGCAUGGCUUGUAACGUGGAGGUGCCCACUAAUCACACUAACGCUGUGUUCACGCGGAGUCAAGCCUACAGCUCUGCUGCCCCCAGUAGCACGAAAUGGAGUUACCUGCUCCUCAUCAUUCCUGCUCUGUUAGCACUGUUAUUUUUGGGACAGUAACCAGAAGAACCUGCAUGUACUGCACUAAUCAAAAGAGCUGAGGACUCCUCACCAUGGAGCAAGCUGGAGUAUCAGCAAACCCAGUCAUCUUUUCAAGUUGGCCAGGAGGAAAAAAAACUUUCAAGAAGGCCGGAAAAGGUCAUGGCUUGACUUUGUAACAGACAUUAGGACGUUCCAGGGUGGAUAUUCCAAUAUGGAAUAUAGGUGAUGCCAGCCGAUCAGCUUUUUGAGUUCAAGAAUGCUGGGAAAAUGUCCUUGUGUGCCUUCCGUGAUUGCCAAAUGAACAUUCUAGUAAAAAAAUAUCAGCUGUGCCAGCCUUUCUGAGUCGGUCAUGAGGACGAUGGCUUUUAAGAGUGGUGGAAAAAGUCAGUGAUGGACACAUGGACGUUCCAGUAUAGACAUUCAAGUUGGAAAUGAGGACAAAAGCCUUCAGGAAGGCUGGAAAAAUCUCAUCCAGUGAUCGACAUAUGGACGUGGCCAAUGGAAAACAGAGGCGGUCCCACUGACCUGAGGAUUUUGCCAAUGGACGCAGAUGUCCAAACCAUGAAAUCGAGCAAAGACGCUUCGCCAAUGGAAUCACAGACUUUGCCAAUGGCGAGUGGUUGCCAAUGACAUGCUAAAUAGGGCAGGAAAAAGGAAGCAAAUUAUUUAGCUGUGAGGGGAGCGGAUUCCCCUCUGUAAUGCUUCAUUGGGUCUGUAUUGACCACAGUGAAGGGUUUCUGGAGGUGGAGCAGCCUCCUUCAGUGGCUCUAAGCCCAGAUACCGUCCAGAUAGUCCAGUGAGUAGACUCUGAAUGUAUCGUCAUAGGUUUCUAAAUGUAGAAUUCUCCAGAAGAAAGGUUGGUACCCCAAGCCAGUAGAGGCUUUAACAUUCAGCAAUGAUGACUUGGACGCUUCCUGUCCAUAGACAGUGAUGUCUUAACAUCCAGCAAUGAUGUUUUACUUCAAAAGCACUGCAAAAAGAAGACAGUUGAUGUACUGUGUUACUGGUGGAGCAUUGAAUAAGAAGAAAUUUCACUUUCUUCGUGCACUGAAUCUCUGCAAUUCUAACCAAAAAUAA